AUGGCGCUCACUGGUUGCACGUUUACGGCCGACGACAUUGCGUUCUUGUGCGAAAUUCCGUUCUUGCGGCCGCGCGACGAGGUAGCUUCGUCGCUCUUCCCGCUCACCGAGUACGACGCCGACGACAUUGACGCGCUCUUGCCGCCGCUCGCGGACGAGGACGACGCGAUGCUCGAGAACGGUGACGCCAUCGACGUCAUUGAAGACGAGGCCGUCGCACGCAUCGAUGACCUCGAGGGCGCAAUGGAAUUGCAUUUUAUCGAGGGCCCUUCGUAUGAUGUGGGCGCGAUUUUCGACCUUCUCGACCGCCUCCCGACGCUGUUCGAGGACCAAAGAAGAUGCUCGUACCGCAACGGCAAGUGCCGGCAGCCGUGCAGCCGAAAGCGAAGCGGCGCCUUUUACAAAAUGUGCCCCGACCACCGCGUCGCGGCCGUGCGCAACCACAAGAAGGCGCUCGCCAAGCGCCUCGCCAAGGUGCCGCUGGCGUGA